AUGCCCGACAGUUUGCUUUAUAUCACUUUAACAAAUUCUGACGAUGUCUAUACUCCUGGCUCGGUUGUUGAAGGAAUAGCUCAUCUUGUUCUACAUGAACCAAUGAAGGCUCGAAAGCUGAAGAUCAUCUUUGAAGGGCUGGCAUGCACUGCAUGUCUGUCUACCAUUACGGCUUCCAACUCCUUCACAUUAUGGGUUUGGGACACCGGUGUAACAUCCGUAACCUACAUCGAUCCCUACUUUGGUAAAGCGAUCUACGCCAACGAUGAAAUAAUUGCUUGGACUGCAUCACCCGGCGAGAAAGAAGUACUAGCAGUCGGUACCUACCAAUUUCAGUUUGCUUUCAAAUUGCCAGCUGAACUACCACCAAGUUUUGAAGGCAUUUUUGGAUAUAUCCGAUAUAUGGUAAAAAUGGAAAUCGACCGCCCUUGGCGUUUCAAUAAGAAAGACAAGAAAGUUUUCACGGUUGUACCAACCUUCAAUCUCAAUUCGUUGUCUCGUACGGUAAUGCCAGUGAAAGAGACAAAGGGAAAGAAUUUGGGUUUUAUUUUGUUCCGACACGGCAAGUGCGAAACGAACAAAAGUGGUUUUGUGCCAGGCGAGAUGGUGCUGGUUAGUAUUCGUGUCAUCAAUGAUAGCUCCAAGGAUAUAGUGAAGGCCGAAAUCAAACUCAUAGAAGUUUCAAAUUGUGUCGCAAGUUGGGGUGGUGGCAACUUUCCACAGUCCUCUUUCAUAGCACCUGCGGCUGGCGAUGCGCGUACGCAACGACGUAAAUUGGCAACAAAAAUGGCGGCUUUCAACGACCGUCGUACGCAAAGACGUAAAUUGGCAACAGGUGAACAGGAUGCUGAUAUUGCACAAAAAAGCAAAGGAGUCAUCCAGCUUUACUUGCAAGUGCCGUCUACCGUACCCUCAUUUGACAACUGUCCUAUUAUUAAGGUUGAAUACUUCAUUGAAGUAAAGCUUACAAUUACAGGUUCAAUCAAUAGUAAAAUUGAGGUGGAAAUCCCAAUAGUGAUUGGAACGGUUCCCGUAAGAGGAACAUAUGAGGACGGUGUGCCAUCAACAUCAGCUUCUGCUCCUCCAGAAAAGGAGGAGGCGAUGCCUCCACCCUACCUUGACGGCGACACCGUACCACCCAGUUAUGUAGAGUCAGUCAAAGGUGUAGAAGGCACUGUUGUGGACAUGGAAAACAUGGAGCCUUUCGUCCCGCGAUAUCCAUUCUACCCCAACUUGCGCCGAUCUGACGAUGGUGACCUUCCAGAUAAAGAUGUUCACUUCUAA